AUGGUCUCACCAGGUGAGCCGGAACCCGAAAUCUGGGAUCUCCUGGCUGGAUCGGCGGAGGAAUCCAAAGAAGCCUGUCAGGUCGCUCCGCCGCCUGCGGCGCCGCCUGCGGCGCCGGCAGCACCGGUGGCAGCGCCGGUGGCGGCGGUGGCAGCGGUGUCUGCUGAGACGCCGGCGACGGAGAGCGAGCAUCCAACUCCGGCCGCACCUCCGUUUCGAUCCAGGGCCUCUGCCUCUCGCCUCAUCCCUGACGAGAUCUCCAAAGAUGCGCAGCUCAACGCGGCGAUCGCCGGCAGCCUGCCGAGGACGCACGACUUCGAGGUUCAUCGGUGCAUUUGGAGGCUGCGCAAAGCCAACGCGCGCCAAGUGGGUCUUCAGAUGCCAGAAGGUUUGCAGGGUUGGGCUACAGCCUUGGCAGACAUCUUCUGUAGCUUCGUGCCUAGUGUGGAGAGUGCCACCAUCUUCGGUGAAGCCAACUUCGGGGCAUGCUGCAUCGAUGACCUAGGUGCCAGAGCGUUGGGGGUGGAUUUUCUGAUUCACUACGGUCACUCCUGCCUAGUGCCCACGGAUCAAACCACGGUGACCACGCUCUAUUGCCACGUUGAGGUGGAAGUGGAUGUGGAACACCUGGUAGACACAGUGAGACACAACUUCACACCUGACAAGCGUUUAGCUUUCAUGAGCAGUGUGCAGUUCUCGUCUGGAAUGCUACAGGCAGUUGAGGAGCUCCGACAGGAGGCAGAUGAGAAGGGAAAAACUGCAGCUCCACAGGUGAAGCCCUUGGGCGUCGGCGAGACGUUGGGCUGCACCUCCCCAAAGGUUGGCGAUGUGGAUGCGGUCAUUUUUGUUUGCGACGGACGCUUUCACUUGGAGAGUGCCAUGAUCCAAAAUCCGCACGUACAAGGCCAUUUUUAUCGCUACGAUCCCGCGUGCCUCACCUUGACGCGCGAAGGCUUCGCGCACAACGAGCUGCAUGUGCAGCGCAAAGCGGCCAUUGCCGCCGCCAAGGACGCACGGCUAGUGGGGCUGGUGCUUGGAACGCUGGGACGACAAGGCAGCGUGGGAGUUCUGGAGGAGAUCGAAAAGUUGUUGCAACACCGAGGUGUGGCCCAUUUCACGAUCCUCCUCUCGGAGAUCUCACCGGAACGACUGGCGUUGAUGUCCACAGUCGACGCAUGGGUGCAAGUCGCCUGCCCGCGUCUGUCCAUGGACUGGGGAAGUAGUGCCUACUCGAAACCAAUGCUCACAUCUUACGAAGCCCAUGUGGCCUUUGGAGUCGGGACCCAAAGCAGCAGUGUGGUAUUGACUGCUCGAGUACCUGAAAUGGGCCAAAAAGCGAUUGAGAGCCUGAAGACUGAAGUUGGAGAGAGGGUGAAGGUGCUAUUUCACCAGCUAGACAUUUCUGACGCGAAGUCGGUUGAAGACCUGCGGGAUUUCAUCUCGGAGUUGGGUGGGAUCGAUUUGCUGGUGAACAAUGCUGGGAUGGCGUUUCCCCUGUCAGAUCCGACACCUUUCAAAGAGCAGGCGCGACGAACCGUUGAUGUGAACUACUACGGCACCAAGCGGAUGCUGCAAGUGCUAAAGCCCCUCCUGAAGCCCAAGUCCAGAUCCGUUGGGAUCUCCUCCAGCGCUGGACAGCUAGGUUCUUGGUCAAGUCCUUGGAGGGACCGGCUUCUGUCGGAGAGUUUGACUGUUGAAGACUUGGAUGCCAUUGCUGAAGACUUCGUGUCAGCAGCGCAUGAAGGGCAGCACAAGGAGAAGGGCUUCCCAGGUUCCGCCUACGGCACCUCCAAGACGCUGAUGACGCAGCUGCAUCGGGUCAUGGCCAAGGAGGCUCCACCUCCAGCAUUGCUUUGUGCUGUUUGUCCUGGGCUCUGUAGAACAGACAUGGCCACGGGACGCGGCACCUUCAUGAGCAACGUUUUGUGGUUGGCGUCCUUCGUGGUGGGCCACUCCGCUGAGGGCGGCGCCGACACGCCGCUGUGGCUCUGCACGUCGGUUUCAGAGGAGGAGCUGCCCCAGUACCACGGGUCACCAGAUCCAUUGGACAGUUUCAGCACCGAGUCGGAACUCCUAAGUGAUUUAAGUGGGUUCUCUCCGGGUGGUGCUGAGGAUGUGACGUACAAAGAUGCCAGUUGCUCAGAUUGUGCUGCACUCCCACAGCUGCCGGCAGAGCAGACUACAGAAAGAGUCUAUCCCAUGGAUUACUACUCCAACAAGGGUGGGCCUUGGGGGAACUAUGGCACCCACAGUGGUCAUGGAGGCAGCAUGGGACAGAAGUGGGGCCCACAGUUCUGGAGGGUACGAAGGUCCGGCUCUUCCAGGUAUAUCCUAUCCUUCAAACAUGUUCCUGUGAAUUGA